AUGGCGCUGCGCUUCUCCGCCAACCUCUCAUGGCUCUUCCCCGAGCUGCCGGCGCUGCCGGCGCGGCUGGAAGCGGCGGCGGCCGCCGGGUUCGGAGCGGUGGAGGCGGCUUGGCCGGCGGGCUGCCCGGCCCGGGAGCUGCGGGCCGCGGCGGAGCGGGCGCGGGUGCAGAUCGCGCUCCUCAACGCCCCCCCCGGGGACCCGGAGGCGGGCGAGCUGGGGCUGGCGGCCGUGCCGGGGCGGCAGGCUGCCUUCCGACAGGGCCUGGAGGCGGCCGUGCGCUACGCCAGGGCUGUGGGCUGCCCCAGGAUUCAUGUGAUGGCUGGGCGGGUUCCCUUGGGCACAGACCGGGCUGUAGUUGCAGGUGAGAUGGAAACCACCUUCAUUGAGAAUCUCAGAUACACUGCUGACCUCCUGUCCCAGGAAGACAUGAUUGGACUGCUGGAGCCUAUUAACAACCGUAUCACUGACCCUCGCUACUAUCUGAACACCCCACACCAAGGUAAACCAGACAACAAAAGUCUCCUUCAGAGGAGAAGGAUCUCCACAGUUGAUAAAGGUGGUCCUGGGGUUUCUCUGCAAAGCUUCCACCCUGGGGGCCAUGGUUUCUCAUUUUUUGCCCCCUUAGCUGCUGCCAUUCUGGAGAAAGUGGGACGGCCCAACCUGAAGCUGCAGCUGGACCUUUUUCACUGCCAGAUCAUGGAUGGCAAUUUGUCACACAACCUGGAGACGUACUUCCCACUCAUCGGUCAUAUCCAGAUUGCACAGGUCCCAGGGCGGCACGAGCCCGAUAGCCCUGGGGAGUUGAACUUCCCCUACAUCUUUGAGCUCCUGGAGUCCCUUGGCUACACUGGCUAUGUGGGGUGCGAGUAUGCUCCGAAGGGAGACACCCUGGAAGGUCUGGGCUGGCUGCGAUCCUACUGGGAAAGCCGAGGGCUGCAGCAUGGUGGGACCAGCAAGGCAGCCAAGUAAAACUAGAAAACCAUGAGAAUAAAAGACAAAACAAUGUCUUAACA